UUGGCUAGUGGAUGUGUGUCGGUAAAUAAUAAAAGGUUUAGCUUUGACUGGUGAUUUCUAAAGACUUUAAACUGGUUUGCUUUUUUCCUGAUAUGUAUGGCUUUGUAUGUAUAUAAAACAAUUGAAUAAUAGAGCACAGUCGUGUACAAUUCUUGCUAAGAUGUCAACUGAUUGAAUGUGACAUAGCCAACGCUAACUAGCUAUAUGUUGCUAGCGGUAUUCUUCCACAUUCAUCCACCGAGACAACCGUAUGCAUUAAACCACAGCUUGAGCUGUGUGUGGGGUCACUUUGUACACCUUCCACUGAAAGCUUGAUUCAUGUAAAAUGUCAGCGCAAAAAGACUGCGAGUUUCUGGUGAAAAGAGCCCGGGAGCUGGUCCCAGAUGACCCCUGUGCGGCCAAAGCCUGGCUCAUAACUGCCAGAACCCUUUACCCUGCAGACUUCAACAUACAGUAUGAAAUGUACAUCAUUGAACGCAACGCAGAAAGGACAGCUUCUGCAGGGAGACUGCUGUAUGACAUGUUUAUAAACUUUCCAGAUCAGCCCAUUGUGUGGCGUGAGAUCAGUGUCAUCACCGCUGCCCUGCGCAGUGACUCUCAGGACAAACAUGCACAGUUCCUACGAGGGCUUUUUGAGACUCUGCCAGGUCGUGUACAGUGUGAGAUGCUGCUGAAAGCCACAGAGCAGUGUUUCAACACUUUGGAGAAGGCAGAGAUGCUGCUGCUACUACUGAAGCGCUUUCCAGAGUCUGUGGUCCAACAUGGGGUCAAUCUAGGUGAGACAUUGUUGGAGGCAGAGGCAUCAGAGAAUGUGGAGACUCCUGUCAACUGCUUCAGAAAACUUUUUGUGUGUGAUGUCCUUCCUCUGGUCAUAAACAAUAUGGAUAUGCGCCUGCCUGCCAGCCUGAUGCAGAAGUACAUGCUGAAAGCUGCUGAAUUUUACAUCGGCUAUGUUACCCGUGGACCCUCGCCUGAUGUGCAGAUACAGGGCUCUCAAGAAAGUGGCUCACUGAAGUCUCCCAGUGUGUCUCGUGGCUCUCAGCGUUAUGUGAUUGAUGGCCUGUCGGAAAAGUCAUCAGUGGUAGCUGAACCUUGGGAGAGGCUGUUGGACAUCCUCGCUGUGGUUGGAGCACGCUGUGAGUGGCAGGGAGACAAAGGACAGAGGAGUUAUGUGGACAUGCUGCAGAGAGUGAAGGAGCUGUGCCGGUACCUACCAGGACUAGAGGGAGACACCAGGUCCCGCUGCUGCAGUCAGGUGGUCAUCUGUGCUGCACUUGUCCUCUUCCGCAGCGCCUUCCUCUAUGUCUCGGCUGUACAGCCCGCGCUGUUCCAGGGUGUGAAUGCGUUGAGUUCGGGGCCGUGGAUCCUUGUAGAAGAUUUGAGCUCGGUGUAUAAUGAUGUGGAGGUGGAGAGAGGAGCAGUGAAACAUGCACAUAAGAAACGCAAACUGGCAGAUGGGAGAGAGAAGACUAUGAGCUCAGAUGAUGAGGAAGGGCUGGGGAAGGGCCGCGGUCGACACAUCAUAGUGAACAAGACUGAGAUGCCCAGCUGGUCAGAGACUCUGGAGAGCUUCCGCACAGCCAGGGAGAGCUGGGAUCUUCUCCACUCCCACGACAGCCUGGAAACUGAGUUCAAGAAGAUCUGUGCUUCAUGGAAGACGGACAGCUGGCUAUGGUUCAGAAUUUUCCUCAGUGACAUGAUCAUAUACCAGGGACAGUACCGUAAGGCCCUCUCUAGUCUGCACCAGAUGGCUACUGUGCAGCAGCCUCAGCCUGGACAGCAGAGCCCCUCAGGUCAGACCAGUCUGGAGCACCACAGGGCCCUCAUACAGCAGGCCUCCUGCCACUACGCACUGGGAGAAUACAGGAUGGCCUGUGAGAAGCUUCUUGACGUCGUCAGUGGGCUGGUACCCCCAAACCACGAACCAACAAAGACCCAAGAAGAUCAGGGCAGAGUCAAGACCAAAACAAGGAAAGGUAAUGACCUGAGAUUGCUUCCCUGCACCAGCAAAGCUGUCUUACCUUUCUGUCUCCAGCUGAUGUUGGCUUGUUUCAAGCUCCGUGCCUUCACAGACAAUCGAGAUGACCUGUCGCUCGGUCAUGUGGUCGUGCUCCUGCAGUACGACUGGCCACAGGGCGAGAUGCUGUUUCUAAAGGCUGUGGACAAGAUCUGUCAGCAAGGCAGUUUCCAGUAUGAGAAUUUCUUCAACUAUGUCACCAACAUUGACAUGCUGGAGGAGUUUGCAUACCUACGUACGCCAGAAGGGGGGAGGAUCCAACUGGAGCUGCUGCCCAAUCAGGGAAUGCUGAUCAAGAACCCUAGUCCCGCCCUGGGGGUGGAGUUAAAUACCCUACUGCUACAAGGGGUGCAGACGAUGGACAGACACCACACAGUGACUCGAGGAAUCACCAAAGGAGUGAAGGAGGAUUUCCGUCUGGCCAUGGAGAGGCAGGUGUCACGUUGUGGAGAGAACCUGCUCAAUGUGCUGCACCGUUUCUGCAUCAACGAGAAAAUCAUCAUCAUCCAGUCUCUUCCUUGACACCUGGCCUGUGACCUUUGAAUCUUUUUCAUAGUUGAGAUUUGAGGCACAGUUUUAAUGCAGCUGGACUGACUUUUUGAUCCCCGCAGCUCUCUCUCAACGCAGGACACAUUGUUUAUAGAUUUCUUGUCUUUACCAUUCAUCAUUGAACUAUUAAGAAAAGAACAAGAUUGUAUAUUCUUCUUGCCUUAAAAAGUGGAUCUCUCUCUCUAGAGAGUUGGAAAGGAUACUGGUUCUCUACAGUAAAUACACAGCGCUGAUGACA